UCCACCUUCAAUCCCUACUCUUCAUACCCAGGCCUUCGCCUCUCCCAGCCAUGGCCGACGUAAAGAAAACCAAAAGCGCCAAGGAGUUCACCAUCGACUUCUUGAUGGGUGGUGUGUCUGCGGCUGUCGCCAAGACAUCAGCAGCCCCCAUUGAGCGUAUCAAGUUGCUGGUUCAGAACCAGGAUGAGAUGAUCAAGCAGGGUCGUCUGGCUACCCCUUACAAGGGUAUCGUGGACUGUUUCGCUCGGACGUACAGGGACGAGGGUUUAGUCUCAUUAUGGCGUGGUAACACUGCCAACGUCAUUCGUUACUUCCCUACGCAGGCCUUGAACUUCGCCUUCAAGGACUACUUCAAGUCCCUGUUCGGUUUCAAGAAGUCUGAGGGUUACUGGAAGUGGUUCGCUGGCAAUGUGAUGUCUGGUGGUGCUGCUGGUGCUGCUUCCCUUCUCUUCGUCUACUCUCUUGACUACGCGCGUACUCGUCUCGCCAACGACGCGAAGUCUGCCAAGGGUGGAGGAGCUCGUCAGUUCAACGGCUUGAUUGAUGUUUACAAGAAGACCUUGGCUUCUGAUGGUAUUGCCGGCCUGUACCGUGGUUUCGUCCCCUCCGUUGUUGGUAUCAUUGUCUACCGUGGUCUUUACUUCGGUGUCUAUGACUCCCUCAAGCCUGUUGUUCUCACUGGUGCUCUCCAAGGCUCGUUCUUCGCGUCCUUCUUGCUCGGCUGGGGUGUUACUAUUGGUGCUGGUCUUGCUUCCUACCCUCUGGACACUAUUCGUCGUCGCAUGAUGAUGACGUCUGGUGGUGGUGUUCACUACAAGUCUAUGUUCGACGCUGGCUCGCAAAUCAUCGCCAAGGAGGGUGCCAAGUCCCUGUUCAAGGGUGCUGGCGCCAACAUUCUUCGGGGUGUUGCUGGUGCUGGUGUGCUCUCCUUGUACGACAAGCUCCAGGAGGUCAUGUUCGGCAAGGUCUACUCCGGUGGAUCUGGUUAAAAGGACUUGGUUGGGAGAUAGAGCGGAGCGCUGGCUGGGUUUCUCUUUUUACGCUAUAUUUUACGAUCUUGCGCAUAGACACUCAGAUUAUAUCCUUUUUAUCGUCUCUGCGCUUUGUCGUGGGGUUCAGGCCCACUGUAGGGCUAGUACAUACGGAAUGCAGAAAACAUACAGAACCCAAACGAGACUGUCGUCGGCAUCAUGAGAGUGCAAGGCUCAUCGAUAUUUGUGGGGGC